AUGUCAUCUACUCCUGCAGAAGAGCCAAAAGAAGAAGACGAAUGUAAACUCGAAUUCAACAUCUUCGGUGAAUUUUUGGAUGAUAUUGAACACGAGAAUGUUGGAAUUCUAAAUCCGAAUAAAGCAGCAACCAAGAAAGACAUUGAUUCAUUGCUCAAAUUAAUUGGUGGAUUCCAACAUUGGCCACUUCUGAAUGAAGAUUGCAAAAUAGAAAUAGUCAAAUAUUUGGAUUAUCCAUCAAGGUGUAAAUUGGAGAGAUGCUCGAGAGCAGAUUACGAGGCAGUCAAGAAGACACCGGUGGAGGUUUACAGUGUUGAAAUGAUUGACAACGAGACACAUCAUUACUCUCUGAGUAUGGAACCAUUCGAUAACGUGGUAGUUCGUGUUCAGUUCCAUCACGACUUCAAUUCUGGAAAACUAUUCGAAUUGAUCUUUUCCCAACUUGGAGACGACACUGAAGUUCGAUGGACUCAAUAUGUUCCAAGAAAACGUCCGGAAAGCAGGAAUUUGAUUUUGAAAUCAUGCAAUUACUACGAAGAAGCUGUCAAGUUUGGGGAGAAAUGGAUGAGAAAAGGAAAUUAUGAGAUGAAACAUCUAACAAUCGAGAUGAAAAACUAUCCAUUUGAAAUAAGUCAAAUCAAGUUCUUGCCACGGUGCAAAAGUAUUCGUAUUGCUGCUGAUGACGUGGAGAUGUUCCGUUGGUGGUUUCAGAGAGUUCCUGAUCAACUUGUAGAUCUUCAACUUCUCACUAAUUUUGAUAAUCGUGAUACCUGGACAAUACCAACUGAAUUUCUCAAUGCUCCACAGAUCAUGCUGACACCUGAGUUUUAUUUCUGGUGUCGAGCUGCGUUCACUGAUGAACAAUUUCUCCAUUUGAAAGCCAAUAAUAUUAGUUUCGAUUGUAAUUGGGUCAGUGGAAAAGGUGUUGGGAAUUUCAAGAGAGCUCUACUAUGGUCGAAUAGAAAAUACGAUGAAUCAGUAAUCACACGUGGUUUGGAAUUGAGACCAUGGGAUAAUAAUUUCGAGGAGGAAGCAGCCGGAUUCUGUGGUGACUUCGAAAGAGUUUGUGGACGAGGAACAUGCUACCAGAUUUACAGUAAAAUUGAUCCAUAUGAAAGUCUGACUCUGAGCUUGUCUGAUGAUUGUGUGGCUAUUUAUGGAACUGGAAAGAGGACUGAAUGGAACGGAAAAACGUAUUCUAACUACUCGAUUCCAUAA